CCGUUACCGCCCGCACCUUCGCCCCGCUGCUUGGCCCAUGGCCGCCUACUCCUACCGCCCCGGCGCCGGACCGGCCCCUGGCCCGGGCCCGGCGUUGCCGGACCAGAGCUUCCUGUGGAACGUCUUCCAGAGGGUCGAUAAAGACCGGAGCGGCGUCAUCUCAGACAAUGAGCUGCAGCAGGCGCUGUCCAACGGUACGUGGACUCCAUUCAACCCAGUGACUGUCAGGUCAAUCAUAUCCAUGUUUGACCGUGAGAACAAGGCCGGCGUGAACUUCGGCGAGUUCACCGGCGUCUGGAAGUACAUCACGGACUGGCAGAACGUUUUCCGCACCUACGACCGGGACAACUCCGGGAUGAUCGACAAGAAUGAGCUCAAGCAGGCCCUCUCAGGUUUUGGGUACCGGCUCUCGGACCAAUUCCAUGACAUUCUCAUCCGGAAGUUCGACCGGCAGGGCCGCGGGCAGAUCGCAUUCGACGACUUCAUUCAAGGGUGCAUCGUCUUACAGAGACUGACAGACAUAUUCCGGCGCUACGACACAGACCAGGACGGCUGGAUCCAGGUGUCCUACGAGCAGUACCUGUCCAUGGUCUUCAGCAUCGUAUGACCCCGGCCUCCACGAGGAGCAG